AUGCCUGCCUCGUCACAGCAACCUAUGGCCCCGCCGGCCCGGUCCGAAGAAGAGAUCUCAACCGCAAGCGAAAGUGAGGCCGAAGAAGAGAUCGAGGUGCCGUCAAGUCAGCCUGCACCAAGUCAGUCUCUUCCCGCUCGACGUCCAACAGCACGACAGAAUGCGUCCAAGAGAGCGACGCGAAGAGCUCCUCGGAGUGACAUACAGAAUCCCGGCUCGAAGGCACGGUGGACCAGGGACCAGAUGGAGUAUCUCCUCGAGAGCUACGGCGCGAAGAGGGUAGCUGGGGAGCUAGAGAACGAGAAGACCCAGCUGCUGAAGACUAUCCACGCCAAGAUUGGCUGUGAGCUUGCUGAGCGAUAUCCCCCGAACGUUUUUGACCAGACGAAGGUCGGUCGUAAGCUCGGUGAACUGCUGAGAAAUUGGAAGGCAUUCCUUGCGAUAAUGAGGGAGACGAGCGGUGCAGGCUACGACCACGAGCUGGGCAUCGUCACCACAACCGACGAUAACUGGGAUCGGUGGGUGAAGAAGCAUGGAAUCGGGGCUGCCGCUAUCAAGCGGAACGGGCUCCAGAAGAUGGAUCUGUAUCAGCGGGCGUUCGAUGGCGUACAGGAAGUCGGACUUACGGCUCUCGAGGUCACUGACACUUCAGGCUUGUUAUCCCUCCGUAACGACAUGGAAGAGUCUCAAAUAGACUCUCAAAUAGACGAAGACCUAGUGUUCCACAGUCAGCCAUCUGCUCACGAAGCUGCACAGCGGCACUUACCCAGUCGGCCGUCGCCUUCGCCCUUCCGUGAAGUCACAGCAACUCCUGCUCCGUCGUCAUCUCAGACUUCUCAGUUGACUUCCUCACCGUCAGGUCGUCCCUCGCACCCGACAACUAGCAGCUCUGGAGACUCUCAGUCGCCGCAGCGUGUACGAAGACCUCACCGGCAUGUAGAUCCACAGGCAGGGUCGAUCGAGAAGGCAGUCUCCAAGCUGGUGACAAGUCGGGAGAAAAGUCGGAGACCUAUCGGUGCAGAUGACACACAAUCAGCAGUGCAGGAUGUACAGCAGAGGUUUCUGGAGAGAGCAGAUGAGGGAGAAAUAGAGACCUUCUUUGACUGGCUGCUUGGGGACAGCAUGCGUGCAGUCUUUUAUAAUAGUCUGAACGAGAGGAUGAAGGAGAGACUUUUUUGUUCGAAGUCUGGAUGUAUAGUGCUUAGGAGUCCGCAGAUUGAUCUGGAAAUGACACAGGAUAGUGAGUUUGACUCGUAG